GAAGAGGAAGAGGCCAUGGCGAGGCCGCGCCGGUUGACGCGCUCCUGGCUGCUCGCGCUGGCGCUGGUGCUGGGCGGCCCUGCGGCUCUCGGCCGAGCCUUCUACCUGCCGGGCUUGGCGCCCGUCUCCUUCUGCGAGACCCCGCAGGAGGACAAGCCCGGGUGCAAGUCACAAAUCGAGCUGUUUGUGAACAGAUUGGAUUCAGUUGAAUCAGUUCUCCCGUAUGAAUAUGAUGCGUUUGACUUCUGUCAAGAAAAAGAAGAAAAAAGGCCUUCUGAAAACCUUGGGCAAGUCUUGUUUGGAGAGAGGAUAGCCUCAUCACCCUACAAGUUUAUGUUUAACAAAAACAAAAAAUGCCAGAAGGUCUGUUUAAAAUCUUACGACCCAAAGGAUGCAAAAGAAAAAGUUAAGCUGGAGUUUUUGAAGAAAGGAAUGCAGUUGAAUUAUCAGCAUCAUUGGAUUAUUGAUAACAUGCCAGUGACGUGGUGUUAUGAUGUGGACGAUGGACAAAAAUACUGUAAUCCAGGAUUUCCAAUUGGAUGCUUCGUUGAUUCAGAUGGCCGAGAAAAAGAUGCCUGCAUUUUCAACUCUGAGUUCAACAAGAGGAAUACUUUCUACCUCUUCAACCACGUUGAGAUUACCAUCACGUACCAUAGUGGGAAGGAAGAGAACUGGCCUGGCGCUCGGCUGGUGGCCGCACGGGUGGAACCCAGAAGUUACAAACAUACAGAUAUAGACAACUUAUCCUGUGAAGGGCCCCCUAUGGAAAUUCCUGCAGACUCUACCAACAAGGUCGAUCUGAUCUAUUCUUACUCGGUGAAAUUUGUAGAGGACAACAGUAUUAAGUGGGCCUCAAGAUGGGACUACAUCUUGGAAUCCAUGCCCCAUACCAACAUUCAGUGGUUUAGCAUAAUGAAUUCCCUUGUGAUUGUGCUCUUCUUAUCUGGAAUGGUGGCCAUGAUCCUUCUGAGGACCCUACAUAAAGACAUUGCAAGAUACAACCAGAUGGACUCCUCAGAGGAUGCGCAGGAGGAGUUCGGGUGGAAACUGGUCCACGGAGACGUGUUCAGGCCUCCCAGGAAGGGCAUGCUGCUGUCUGUCUUCUUGGGCCAAGGGACCCAGAUUUUCAUCAUGACGUUUAUUACCUUGUUCUUGGCCUGCCUGGGAUUCCUUUCGCCAGCCAACAGAGGAGCCUUGAUGACCUGUGCAGUUGUGCUCUGGGUCUUACUGGGGACUCCAGCAGGCUACGUAUCUGCUCGGAUGUAUAAAACAUUUAGAGGUGAAAAAUGGAAGACUAAUGUGUUGCUGACAGCGCUCUUGUGCCCUGGAAUUGUCUUUGCUGACUUCUUCAUUAUGAACCUUAUUCUUUGGGUGAAGGGAUCGUCAGCUGCCAUCCCCUUUGUCACCCUGGUGGCUGUCCUGGCCAUGUGGUUUGGGAUCUCCGUCCCGUUAACCUUUGUUGGUGCCUACUUUGGAUUCAAAGAGAAGCCCAUCGAACACCCGGUGCGUACAAACCAGAUUCCUCGCCAGAUUCCAGAGCAAUCCUUUUUCACAAAGCCCCUGCCGGGUAUCGUCAUGGGGGGGAUUCUGCCCUUCGGGUGUAUCUUCAUCCAACUCUUCUUCAUUCUAAACAGCAUUUGGUCUCACCAAAUGUACUACAUGUUUGGCUUCUUGUUCUUAGUCUUUAUCAUACUUCUGAUUACAUGUUCAGAGGCAACGGUUCUGCUGUGCUAUUUCCAUCUAUGCGCGGAGGAUUAUCACUGGUGGUGGAGAUCCUUCCUAACCAGCAGCUUCACCGCGGUUUAUCUCUUCAUCUACGCCGUUCACUAUUUCUUCUCAAAACUCCAAAUCACAGGAACCGCCAGCACCAUUUUAUACUUUGGGUAUACCAUGAUCAUGGUCUUGAUUUUCUUCCUUUUCACAGGAACAAUUGGAUUCUUCGCUUGCUUCUGGUUCGUUAGUAAGAUUUACAGCGUCGUGAAAGUGGACUGAAGAAUUUCGAUGUUGCUCUUGAACAUAUCCUUUGAGUUGCGGGGAAUAUAUAUAUUUUUAACCAUGUACCAAGGAUAAAUAUUACAUCUUAAAAUAGUUAAAGCGUGUGGAGUUUCUAUCUUGGCAUCAAAAGGCAGGCUUUAAACGGAAAGGGACCUAAGAAGCGUGGACACUUGGCGUGAAUUGCGUUUUACAAAAUGUUGCAUUCGACUUCUUCUUUUUUGUUAUUCAAAGCUGAAAGAGCAAAACCAAUUUAAUGGGAAAAGAAAUGUGCGUUAUACUACCCUCCCCCCCCAGCUGAGAUUUCUCAUGACUUCUCUUUUUUACGCGGUUACUUAAUUAUUCUUUCACACUAUAGGACCAUCCGGUAAGAUCUUAUGUAAAAAAAAAAAAGUGACUUUUUAUCUUAAAAAGGUACAACUGUACAUAAUAGUCUGAAUCUCCUUGAUGGAUAGCUGGUCACCUUCUACAAAUGUACAAGUAUUUAGUGUUAAGUGCAGAGGGCUGGAAAAAAAAGCGAAACCACCUUUGUUUUAAAUAAAAAUGCACAAUUCCA